UCGGAGAGGGCGAACCCUGCCGGUGCACGGGCUGCGCGCUCGAGGGGCGGGUGCUGCUGCUGGGCGCCGCGGCGGCUGGUGCGGCUGCAGGCGGAGCAGUGAUGCCGGCUGCAGGGCGGCGUUUGGCAGCGGGAGCCCAGCACGGAGCGGCGUGCGCCCAGGUGGGCGAGGGCGGCGAGCGUGGCCGGGUGCAGAAGACUUGGUGAUGGGGGAACGCACUUAAAAGAAAACCAAAGCAACAAAAGCAAAAGGUUUAUCAAUAUACAGUCGCACUGGUUUCGUAUGUGACAAGGAGGCAAGAAAACAGUGGAGAAUGGCAGUAGAGAUGAUGCAGAUAAGCAAGAAAGAAAAAUUAAGGACAAAAAGUUUCUGAAAUAUCAGAUUGUGCACUUCAAAAGAAUACCAUAAAGGCUCAUCAUUUUAAUCAAUUAUUGAUUACACCUUGGGGACUUUCCAUCGAUUCCACUCGAUGCUGCUUUUAAAAUGACUUUUAUGAAGUCUACUCCGGCCCUGAUCUUUACAUGGAAAUAACAGAAAAUUCCAAGAAAUGGAAGCCCCUGCUAGUAAAAGAAGAAAAGCUGAGUAUCACCACAGUUAAUAGCUCCUAUUUGAGAUCCAUGAAUGCUUACAGGAUUACUUUCCUAUAUCGAACUUUCAAGUUUCAUUAAUAAUAUGCUGCCUUCCUGGGACACAGGUGCACUCCUGGUACGAAGGCUAUUUAUUUGUUGCAUGGAGGAAUAGAGGAGCUAGAGGAACAAUGGCUUCAAAGGUCUCAUGCUUAUACGUCUUGACAGUAGUUUGUUGGGCAAGUGCUCUCUGGUACUUAAGUAUAACUCGCCCUACUUCUUCCUACACUGGCCACAGACAACUCAGUAGCAUAACCAUAGCCAGAAAAAAUGUUUCCUUUGGCAACAUAAGAACUCGACCUAUAAAUCCGCAUUCCUUUGAGUUUCUUAUCAAUGAACCCAACAAAUGUGAGAAGAGCAUCCCUUUCUUGGUCAUUCUUAUCAGCACAACUCACAAGGAGUUUGAUGCAAGGCAAGCCAUUCGAGAAACGUGGGGAGAUGAAAACAACUUUAAGGGAAUCAAAAUUGCCACACUAUUUCUUCUUGGAAAAAACACAGACCCAGUGUUAAAUCAAAUGGUAGAGCAAGAAAGCCAAAUUUUUCAUGACAUUAUUGUGGAGGAUUUUAUUGACUCUUAUCAUAACCUCACUCUGAAAACACUGAUGGGGAUGAGGUGGGUAGCAACGUUUUGUUCAAAAGCAAAGUACGUUAUGAAGACAGACAGUGAUAUUUUUGUAAAUAUGGAUAAUCUUAUUUAUAAGCUGCUCAAACCUAACACCAAGCCAAGGAGAAGGUACUUCACUGGUUACGUUAUAAAUGGAGGGCCAAUAAGAGAUGUUCGCAGUAAGUGGUACAUGCCAAGAGAUUUGUAUCCCGACAGCAAUUACCCACCCUUCUGUUCAGGUACAGGCUACAUUUUUUCAGCUGAUGUAGCAGAACUGAUUUACAAAACCUCCCUUCAUACCAGACUUCUUCACCUUGAAGAUGUGUACGUCGGACUCUGUCUUCGGAAGCUGGGUAUUCACCCUUUCCAAAACAGUGGCUUCAAUCACUGGAAAAUGGCCUACAGCUUGUGCAGGUACCGCAGGGUGAUCACAGUGCACCAGAUAACACCAGAAGAAAUGCACAGAAUUUGGAAUGACAUGUCCAGCAAGAAACAUCUUAGAUGCUAAGAUUUUUACAGAUGUAAAUACUUCUUUUUUUAAAAAGAAAUUUUGGUUUAGUCUGGUUAUUUUUUGACAAAGUGGUCUGCUGAUUUACAGGUUAAACUGUGGGAUACUGCGAGAGGAUUUUUAAUGACUGAUUUUUCAUUCUCGUUUUGACUACUGGUUUACAGACUUCAGGCUCUUUUCAUCAGGACAUCACACCAACUGAAAGGAUCUAGAGUCAAAUCUCAGAUUUUGUAUAUUAUCCUCUAUCACACAUAUCAGCUCCUGCAUCUGUAUGUAAAAGGACAGUAAUAAACUGUUACAAGCUGCUUAACAGUUCAUGCCCCAGCCUCUGAGAUAAGACUCAGACCCUAAGAAAUGAAGACUUAGAAACGUACUUUCAUUCCUCUUUUAACACCCUACACCCAUAUGUAUUUAGAAGUUUGUUAAUAAAUUGAGCAGUAUACAUUUGCACUGACCUUAUACACCUGUACUGACAUGUAUAUUUUAUAGUACAAUGUAUGCAAUUCCCAAGCAGCUUACUGAUGGUAUAAUAGCAGAAUUUAGACAGGUAAGAACAUCGAAGUCUCAUAAACCUUAAAAAAAAAAUCCACACACUGAAGUAUAUAUUUAUCGACCAAGUGAUAUUCCUUUAAAUUAUUUCAGAAGAUAGCCCAUUUCUUUCUGCUGCCUAAAGGAACUCUAAAAGAUAUACCAUUUUAAAAUAAAGUAGAAUCUGUAGAUUAAAUAAGACGGGGGAGAUGUAUGGAAAACUACCUGAGAACAUACAUGAGAAAAGUAUGAAUGUCUUUCAACUUUUAAUUUCAUAGCAAGGCAAUGUUUUUCAUUAGUAUGAGUGGAUCUCUCCAUUGUCUUGCAUAAGCAAUAUAUAUUGACAAGCAUCAAUAAGCAGCAUAUUUCUUCAACAUUGUUCAGUGCACUAUUUACUGACAAAAAGUAACACAAAAGCAGCUUUUUGAGAGUAAGCUCUGCUUCUUGCUACAUGAAUGAGAUUCUCCCAGAUUUUUAAUGGUGUAGAAAAGUAGGAUCUCAAGAGAUUCCCCAGAGCAUACAACAGAAAUUAAAUACACAAAAUUUUAUUCAAGUUUCGUAAUGUGCUUAUGUCUUUUGAAUAUUAAUGUUAAUGAAAUGUCCUGAAAAUUAUUUCAAGGAGAAUUUUUUGGUAAAUUCAAGACACCUCUAUUCAGCACCUUCUAACAAAGAGUUAAAAUAUUACAUUUCUCAACAAAUAACUUGGAUUGAAGAAUUCCUAAACAAAUUACACUUAUACAAAAUCACCAAAUAUAUUACUAGCUGCAGGUUAUUCAAACUGUCCAUAGCACACACACAAGUCUCAUUCGUUUCAGCUGACAUUAUGUGUAAUAUAUGAAAAACUGUUAAGUCUGUAUGUUAUUCAGGAUGUCUAUAAAGUUGUCAGAAAUUAACUGAGUAAGAAUUUAAAAAAUUUAAAUUUGUCAUAAGUGUACAUAGCUCAUUACAACAGUAAAAAGGGAAUGAAAAUGCUACCCUAAAACGUUUGCAGUUUCAUGAUAAAUUGUUAGUCUUAUUCAUUGAUGCAGCACCAUCAUUUUGAAAGGAACUACUUGUAAGUAAGGUAACUGUACCUGGCCUUCAAGCCACAAGCAGUUUUUCAAACAAAUGUACUUCAGAUCUAAAGGUGAAGCUACACAACAGACAGCCCAGGAGAUCCUGCUAAUCAACAGCAGCUUGUGCACCCUUCAUAAAUGAAGAUCAGUAAUUUUAUAUAUUGACUCUCUUGCAGUAUAAUUAAGAUUUAUCCUUCCCUAGUUGACCUAGUCCUUGUUAAAAUUGCUCUUGCUCCCUAUAAACUCAGAACUCUAGCUAAACAAGGUCCAACUAAUUGCAUAGAUGAAUAUAACACAUACACAAAUUGGGUGAAGUUCAGCUUUUCUUACCCAAGCCCUAGAAUAUGCUUGUUUAGAAAGGGAAACAAGGGUGGAACUCAUCCCCAGCCAUCAGGUAGAUCAGACAGCAUGGAUGUCAUCCUACCAGGAACACACUUUGUAAUAACUCCAACCCAAAGGGUGCAAUCACUUCUGCUAUCCCUCUGCACAGUGCAGUAAUUUGGGGUUUCUGAAUCCACAACCAAAUGGAUUUGAUGGCCUUACUUUUGCUCAUGCUUGUGGCUUUGGAAGACAGCAGGGCUCCCAAUCCAAAUACCUCAGGGCUUAAGAGGCAUGGUAGGCAGCCUUGAAUUUCUCCUAGUACAAGUAGACUGCAUUAAUGAUUGGUAGGUAGCCUUUGAAAACAGUAUCUGAAAAAAAAAAUGUAUCUCCUGCCAUUUAUAAAUAGAUAGAUCUUCAGAAAUGUAAAUGUUCAUCUUGAAACUGAUGUACAUAGUUCUAAGGUAUUUUCCUCUGUAUUCAGCUGUAUAUACGUGUAAAGUCUGCUUGCUAUGUAAUAUUCUGUUAUGCAUGGAGCUGGGAUAGGCAUUAUAUUUGUCCAGUGUUUCAAGAGCCUUAAGCAUGUGUGCCCUAACUUUUGAAUGUACAAGUUUUUUUUUUCUUUUAUUGACAAGUGAAUUUAAAAGAACACAACAAAAGCCUAAUUUUCUAUGUCUGUUAAUUUUCUGAUACUAGACUUCACUAAUUUGUUACACUGAACAAAUUUAUUAUUUUCUCUUUGCUCAGAAAUUGCAAUAUUGCAACCUAGAAAGGGAGCAAUAUGUCUGUCUACACAUAGGGGAAGCUUGCUACCCUUCCACUCAGUAGUAUUUGUGUCACAUGGGAUACUGUUCACAAACAAGUGUUUGCAUUAGGCUACCUUUAAUCAAAGAAAUAUUCAUGUCACUUAAAGGUCAUUUUGUUUCACUGGGCAUGGGACAAAUGACAACUAGGUUAAAACAUGCUGGCUUCUAGUCACUUCAGAAGUGUGAUUAUAAUCACAUUUUGAUUCCAGAACGUACAUGGACAAAGCACAUUGGUUGAAGAAGCUAGGGGGAAAACUCCUCUCUUUUAGGAGGACUUUUUCCCAAAAGCAUUUUUUUCUAAAAGCCUGAGAGUAUUUAAACAGAAGUCUCAAGGUUCAUUUUCCAUCUUUCCUAAUAAUAAUGUUAAGUGUCAAUUUUGAUUCUUUAUUGGGAUUUUUUUUUUGUCUUUAUAAUGUAGAUGGCAAUGGCAAUUUGUAAAUGAAGAGUGUAAUAAACUAGAAAAGCUUGUCAACAGUAACCAAACAUUACGUGUAACAUUAUAUAUGGCUGUACUUAUGUAUUUAUUUGUCUAAAUUGUAUAUAUUGUUUUAUCUAUAGUGUCUGUAGGAGUGCAUUCUUUUAAAGUAUUAUUUACAGUUUUGUGGGAUUGCCAGCAAAGCUGCUAAUCGAGAUACUAUUUUUUUGUAUCAAUGUCAAAUAAAAAAAAAAUUAAGAACAAAAAUUAAAAACUGAA